GUUCGUGGUAUGCGGAAGUGGUGAAGGUCCUACUGGAAAAACGGGCCAAUCCGUCCCUCCUCUGGAACGGCUUCACUUCACUGCACCACGCUGCCCGUCUGGGCAACGCAGAGGCUGUGAAAGGCAUCCUCGACACCGCGCGGCAGCAGAAGCUUUUGGAGGGCCAGAACAAGGAAUGGAAGACCACCACUCUUGAAGGAGGUCGCCCGGCAAUCCAACUGGCUUGUGAAGCUGACGAUUCGAUGUGCUUCCUUUACCUCUUGGAGGCAAUGGAGGAGGAGAGCGCAGACGGAUUCCCCGACUACUGGAAGUCAGAAAAGAGCCCAGAGAAUCAAAAGGCCUUGGUGAAGUUUGCGUUCGAGAAACGACCAAGCAUCGCAUCUUUGCUUUUGGAGCACUAUCACGACAUGGCUGUUGUGCGCAAGCUGCUGAAAGGCCGAGAAGUCGAGAUCAUCACACAGAUCCUCAAAAACUCAGCUGACUGGAAGACUGCCCUGGACAAUUUCGUGAAGGAUCCUGAGCAGAUGCUGGCGGCUGACGUGACCCACGCGAAAAAAUGCAAUCGCGAGAAUUUCUGGAGGCAAAACUUCACGAAUCGCUGGGAUAGAACGGCUUUCCUCUGUGGUGAUGUACGCAGCGUGCGGCACCCGCAGAAAGUGCUGGACUUUGCAGGGGCAGCCGAUCUGGCUGAAAAGCGGACUCUCGCAAACAAGCUAAAAGGCUCAAAUGGCCUGGCCAUGUCACAGAAGUUCGUGGCAGUUGGCCUCAUCCCCAUGGAUGCGGACCAACUGGCCAGCAACGAGAUUCUGAAAGCCAUCGCUCUGGAUGCAAACUACAGCCUCCUGGACACAAAGUUUGUUCGGGCCGUCCUGGACGAUUCCUGGGCCAAAGUCAAGGUCUGGUACAUGUGGCACGUCUUCUGGGCAUUUUUCCAAGUGGUCAUGACCUGCGUGGUGAGCGCCAGCCUUCGCGACGCGAGACCCGCGGAACUCCCGGACACGGGUGGUCAGGUGUCAGCCGUCGCAUUUGUUCUCCUGUCGAUGGUUUGGUUAAAGAGGCUUACGGAGGAGUUGUACCAGCUCGUCGUGUACUGGUGCUCCUGUUGCCGCCGGCACGGGAAGGCACCAGAGGAGUCCAAAGAGCAGCUCCAGACGCCUCGGAGCGAGGCCACGCAGAAGCCCACUACGCCGGAAGAAUCGAAAGACUCCUCCAAGAGGUGCUCUCCUCCAUCCUUUUCGUGCUUAAUGCAGACUGUCUGCUCGUUUCACACCGCCCUGGACUGGUUUUAUCUCUCGAUCAGUGGCCUGGCCUUGGGCUUCCUGUGGCCCUUUGACGGGCCCUUCAACGCUUGGCCGAUCCGGCGAUCGCUCAUCGCCUUCUAUUUCACGCUGGUCUGGCUCUCUGCGCUCUACUGGCUGAGAGGUGUCGCUGCAUGGGGAUUCAGCGAGAAGCUGCUGCCGAUAAUUUGGGCGAUGCGGGACACCGGCACCUUCCUGAUUGUGGUGUCGUUCACCUUUGCCGCCGCCGUGCACAGCUACUUCGUCCUGAGUAUUCCGAACAUGCCGUCGGGCCUCUACCGAGCAUUCGAGAAGACUUUCCGAUUGGGUUUCCUCGGCGACUUCGAUCUCUACGAGCUGGAAUUCGUUGAUCCCAUCUUCGUUCCCGGCGAGACCGCCGGGGUGCUGGAGCCCGAGGAUCCGCAGCCGGGGGAGGACCAUCCCUUCGUCCACCUGUUCUUCUACUUCGUGGCAUUUGGCAUAACCAUCGUGCAGAUGAACCUCUUCAUCGGUAUCUUGGGCUCCAACUACGACAAGUACUCCAAGCAAGCCUCGGCGCUGGCGGCGCGCGAACGGGCGCAGCUCAUCCGCUUUGUGCGGGGCAGCGUUUGGAGUUCUCUGUG